AGAAGGAAUACUUCGGGUGGAUAGGAGUGUUCGAUCAAUAAGAAACUUUUACGUAUGUACACAAUUGACAAAGAUUCGGGCGUAUUUUAUGUCUCGCGCCAGUAAUUACAUAUUGAUGGGUAUGAUAAGGAAGAGUGAAUUUCCAAGCUAUAACGUGAUAGAAAUUUUGAAACAUGAGUUGGAAACUUGAGACUGGCAGCGAUAAACAAAAACCGGUGGUGUGCAGCAGUGUUGGUUAGCACAAGCAUGGGAAGCCAGAAUUCGGAGUAAGCGCGACUUCUCUUGGAAGAAGGCAAGUGCGUAAAAAGCGGUGUUAGUGCUCCCAUUCUUAAUUAGUGCAAUGAGUAACUGGGCGGAAAGAAUGCAUCGACGCGCCGCUACGUUAGGAAAUGUUGUGACCAGUUGCGGACAUCCCUCUUCAGGGCCACCAUACCCGAGACGCCUUGAAAAAGUCAAAUUUGGCGUGCCCUUGGAUGAAGUGUGCAAGAAUGACAUUCCCGGUCCUUUACUGGUCCUGAUAUUGAAAUUAAACAAGGAAGCACCAUUCGCAAAAAACAUUUUCCGAGCGCCUGGUCAUCAGGGUAACAUGAAGAAAUUGACGCACUUUUUGCAAACCGGACAACUGGUCAAUAUGGACAAUUUUAGCGUUUACACAAUAGCCAGCGUGGUGAAGAAGUUUUUACGCAAGAUACCGGGCGGAGUGUUCGGGAAGGAGUACGAGCAACAAUUGUUUGCCAUAAUACAGCUAGAUAGCAUAGAACAGAAACGGGACCAGAUACACAUAUUAAUUACCUCCAUGCCGAUGUACACACAACGAUUAUUGGUAUUGUUGUUCGGAACAUUCAGGGUAAUAGCUGUAAAUAGUGAGCAAGCACAUACGGAUAUGACCAGUGAGGCUUUAGGAGUAUCCGUGGCGCCUUCGUUCUUUCAGAGUUGCGUUAGUGACGGCAAGACUGCUAAGAUGGAAGACGUUCUCAGAUUUAAGGUUGCCACACGCGUUACCAAAUUCAUGAUAGAUAAUUUUGGUGUUUCGAAUCUGUUUGGAAGGAAUAAUUACGAAUAUUAUGCGCGGAUAACCGGUCGAAUAAUAAAAGUAGAAGAAGAUUGGAUCUUUAAUUUCCGAUAUCCGCCGGACACUCUCGUGUCAAGGCAGUUAUCGCUGGAAGCUGAGAAAACAUGGUUGCAAUACGAGUGCGAAAAAUGGGGACUAAAAUUUAAUUUAGAAAGUAUAUUGCACCAGGAGGAACCACAAUCGACUCCGGCGAUGAUUCACAUGACCGAACCCGUGAAACUCGCUUCGUCAUUGCGCAUGAUCCCAGAAAAUACCUUACUCGAGAGUUACGCGCGUCUUUCAGUUAGUCUAGAAGAGAACGGCCUGUUCCAGGCAUCUAGUCGCUCGUCGAGUAACGGUAGCAAUCUUUCAAGACGCGCCGCAGCGUCCAUGACAUUGGAUGAGCUACGUGCGGUAAAUCGCUAUGCGGAGAGUACCAAAAGUCUCAGCUACUUGCCGCAGGUUCAUGAGAGGCAAGCCGCGCGAAUGCGAACUAGAUCUGAAUGGUUUCUCACGCCCAUGGAAGGAAGAUUGACAGCGAUAGACAGCGAUCCCACAACGAUACAUAUUCUACAUGGUUCCAAUCGGUCUUCCUCUGGCAAUAUUGCCGCAGGUUUAAGUGCCAGCGCGGAAUCGGUGAAGCGAUUACCUAGCCUACGAAGAAACUCAUCCAGGGAUAAGCAGCGCUUGCAUCGCGCCUCAUCCCGCCGCAACAAGGAAAAUGGCGCGAAAGAAGGCAAUCGCUCAACGGCAACAGCAGCGGUGGAGCCGUGCAAGUCGCAUUCUCUGGAGAUGAUAAAGACUGUGAAAAUCGUACGAAUGGCAACAACGGCGGAUCAACAGCAAUCGGUGGUUGAAAAAAUGUUAGACGACAGUCACGAGAUUAUCGAAGAACGUGCAAUCAAAGAGGCGCGCGUACCAUCGCGCACCGGCGGUGAUAGUGUUAUCGGACUGCAAGAUUGCACCGAGAUGGAUGUGAAGACAUUUCACGUCACUCUGACAUACAAGCCACGAAUAUAGACGGACCUUUGAAAACUUGUUCCGUCCGACGGAUACGCUCAAUUGCAUCCUUCAGCACGCGCAGUCACAGGCGCAACGACGGAC